AUGGACAACCAUCCUCAAUUUCCGCUUCAACGCCACCCCAUCCCCGCCCGUGGUCCUCCUCCCGUCAUCCCCACCGACGACAUCGACGCCACCCCCGAACCCAGCCAGCCAACCGCCAACAGCACGCACGAUUCAGAAACGCACUCGGACGAGAUGGGCAGCUCCACCUCACGACCGGCGCACUACCAGCCCAGCGCGCUCGAUGUGCUGGUCACCAAGGCCAUGCUGGCCAAGGGCAUGAACCUUCCGCUCGAGGUGGUUGAUCUAGUUGUGGAUUUUGCAGAGUACUGGCCGCACACGACGACGCACGUCGAGCGGCCCAGCCGCCCCAACAGGUUCGGCACCCGCCCGGACGAGAACAACUUUCUGCUCCGCACGCCGCCGGUCGGCUUUGUGAGGGUGCCCCACCCGGACCCCGAGAGGUACACCAAAGAGCCCGUCAAGGUACUGCGCCUUUCGGAUGAGCACCCGGUCGAGCAGUUUCAAAAGUGGAUCGGGUCGCCCGUCCCGCCCGUGCAGCAUCCGUGCAGGAAGGUGGUUUUCACCAUCAAGAGCAGAGACCAGGGCUGGGGUGGAGAUUCGCGAGAUCAUGGCACGUACCAUGGAUCGUGGACGUGGUUUGAGGCUGGGCUGGAGAGGAUAGAUGCUAGUGGUGACUGCGGUGACCAUUGCCCAGAUACAACCGACCAGCCAGCCCAAGACCAACAAUCCGGCUCGUCUUCGAGCUCACGGCCCGAGAUUUCCAUCUGCGCCCUACGAUCGAUCAAACCUCAAGUCAACAGCGAUGGAGAACGCACUCAUUUCGACUUUCCACUCAUGCCAGCCGACGACAAGGUGCAAUGCAACAAGACGGCACACAGCGAUUACAUCACGCACGUCGUAGAGUGGCGUGCGACGGACAACAUUGAUCCCGAGUCCGCCGAGGCUGAUGAGCUGGAAAAGAUGGGCCGCGGCAGAGCAUCCGGUACUGGCGAGUUUGUGAGGAAUCUCAAGCUAGGAGACACCGUGACGCUGUGGUCAAAAACAAGGUUCCAAGGCUGGGCGAAUAAUGUUGAAAGCGCUAGAGUAGAUGUAUAUUGGGCCAUUUGA